GGCCGAGCGCAGCGGCUAGGACAGGCUAGGGGGCCGGACUCUGCGGCCACAAGUUCAUCUAGCAGCUGUAAAAGCACGUGCUACUGCUAGUAGGUCGGAUGUGUAGAAUAGCAGAUUCAGCGUAGGUCAGAAGUGGAUUAUAGCAAAUUUGCAUCAUAUAAUUGCUGUCAGGUCCUGUUUCUGAUUCUGGUUCUGACGUCAGAUCUUAAAUUUGAGAGAUCAGCUGUUCCCGACAAAUCCAAAAUGGAGGACGCAUCCAAUGCGUCAGAAAAUCCCAGAAGACGAUAUUGGAACUUUCUGACAGAAGAGAAAACUAGCCAGACGUUCCUCCUUCUCUCUCUUAUCCUGGGAGCAACAUGGAGUUUUACUGAAACAUUCAUCUUUAUUCAUCUAGAGACGGUCGGAUUUACUAGACAGGAUCUUGGGCAAUCAUUGGUGUUCAGCACAUUUAUAGGAAUAUUAAUGUCAAUCUGCUCGUCCAGGUUCCUAACAAAGUUUGGUUGGCAGGCAGGAAUAUCAUUAGCUUUAGUGUCCUACAGUUUACGUCUAAUUGGAUACACCUGGAUUGGGCAGAACAACUAUACCCUUCUAGCUCUACUAGAAAGUCUGAAGCCCUUGGGAAACCCUUUAAUGAUGUUGACAACGGGAUUCUUCAUGCAACACUUUAUUCAGAUUCAAGAUAUUGCAAUUUUUCAGAGUUUGUUUGGUUCUGCCUAUUUCGGCCUGGCUAAAGGAAUGGGAAGUAUUGCUGGUGGUUUAGCAAUAGGAUAUUGCGGUAGUUUCACCACGUUUCAGGUUCUUGCACUGUUAUGCUUUGCAGCAGCUUGUUUAAACUUUAUUGCACCAAGGCUUAGUGACAAGAAGAAAGAAAAAUUGCAACAGUUGUAGUAAAAUCUGUGGAUUGUGAAUUAAAAUAAUCAUAGUUAAAGGGACUGUAAAGGAAAAAUAGAAAGGGGGUACAGGAUGAAACCUGAGAAUCUCAGGAGUUGAUUGAGACCUAUAAAAGUUUUGUCAGAUGGUCCUGUCUCGAGAAAUUAUACGAAAAAAAACGUAUAUAUGUAAGGUUUUGUAAAAGAUUUGUAGUAUUAAACAGA